UCUGUUUGUAGUUCGAGUUUAGAUGGAUGAUUUGGAUCAGAAUUUGGUGGAAAGAUGGGAUUUUUAGGGUUUAUAGAGAUCAAUAUCUUCACGGAUAUUGGAGGGCUUCUGGGAGAUUAAAACCUUCAUAGUAGACACAUGAAACGGUGCUCUCUUGUUUUGGUCGACGAUUUUGGGAGAUUUUCGAGUUUGUCAUGAAUGGAGACCAGUAUUUCUUUGGAAAUCCGAGUUAUCGCGAUCUUACUGUUUCCUUCUAUAAUUUUUUGAGAUCCUGCGGUCUGUUUCGUUGGGCCAGUUAGCCUUAUUGUGAUUUUGACUCUGGAUUUCUGUGUUGCAUAUUUGAUUAAGUUGUUACUUGUCUUCUGUAUCGAUGAUCGAGUAGUAGGUUUAGAUGAAGCUCUGGUUUUGUGCUGUGCAGUUGAAAUUUCGAUAGCUUGUAUGACCUCCUUUUCUUCUUGCUUAUUGUUGGAGCAGUAUAUAGCUGGUUUGAGGCCAAAUUUGGCCACAUGGUACCAGAUCUGGACUUGAAUUUCAUCUUUCAAGUGCCUACUGAAAGACAACUUUUACAUGUCAGAAAUGCCAAUUAGGCUACUCAUCGUCGAAAUGGAACUCUUCUUCAGUGGUUUUACCAGUGAAUCAUCGGCAUCUGAGAAUUUGUUUGCCCAUCCGGACAUCCAAAGAUGCCCAUUUUUAAGAAACAUCAAUGAACCGACGAAGUUUUCAUUCUCUUCAACUGUCAAUUUUCUGGCUCCAGUAAGAGGAGCCAAGGGUCCAAUCUUUGAAGAUGGACCCAACUUUGAUAUGGCAUUCAGGCUUUUUCAUGGACGUGAUGGAGUUGUCCCACUUUCAGGAAAAUCAUAUGUGCGUGAUGAAAAUGUGGAACCUGAGCCUGCACCCCAGUUUAACCCAUUAGCAGCCAAGGCAGCUACCAUCAGCCUCUCAGCUUUUGGGCUAGGAGGGCCCUUUGACUUUGAUUUCUUCUCAAACAAGUGGAAGAAACAAAAGAAGAGAUCCUCCAAGAAUGAUCCUUCACAGAAAGGAGGAGAUUCCUCACAUGAAGCACUCAGCAAUGAGUGGCUGGAAACCGGGCAGUGCCCCAUUGCAAAGUCCUACAGAGCAGUGAGCCGUGUCCUACCUCUUGUUGCAAAGGCCCUGCAGCCACCACCAGGUGUGAAACUAAGGUGUCCGCCUGCUGUUGUGGCUGCUCGAGCAGCACUAGCCCGAACAGCCCUCGUGAAGAACCUCCGCCCCCAGCCCUUGCCUUCUAAGAUGCUAGCGAUUGCCUUGCUAGGCAUGGCAGCCAAUGUUCCCCUUGGGGUAUGGCGAGAGCACACUGUAAAAUUCUCCCCACAAUGGUUUGCAGCUGUCCAUGCUGCUGUUCCAUUCAUUGCGAUGCUCAGGAAGUCCGUGCUGAUGCCAAAGACUGCAAUGGCAUUCACUAUAGCAGCCUCGAUUUUAGGUCAGACCAUUGGUUCAAGGGCUGAGCGUUACCGGCUGAAGGCAGUGGCAGCAGCAAGCGACCCUGGAAGUCCUACUAGUAAGGUGGCUUUUAGUCUGAAAAAGAGUGGGCACGGCAGUGAGGGUGAGGGAAGAGUCUGGGAUCCAAUUCCACUCAAGGUGGCAGGUUCAGGCUCAUCUUCGGCUACAGCACCAACUGCAAGCGUGUGCGGCUGAUAAUGGUAAACAAUAUUUAUUUAUGAUCAUUAAAACUUUGUUUUAAUUCAUGCUAUAAAAGACUACAUGGAUGCUUGCUUGAGUAUAUUUGAGAAAUCAUCCUCAGAGCAGUGCAAAAGGAUGUGGGAAGAUGAAUAAAGAGCAGUUGGAAUUGUUUGCAACUGAUGCUGUAAACUAGAAUUGUGUGAUACCAUAUUAUAGAUAUUACUGGAUCUCAGGCUGUGGUGUGAUGUAUGAAAGGAUGCAUUCAAAGAUGCUUAUCCUGUGGCCUUUGGCUGCAUUAUGGAAUAAAUGAAAACAGUUGUGAUUUGGUUGGCA